UGACUCUUGAGUCAACUGUGAAGUUGAACUAACGUCCACGCUAUAGUUUUUCUCAAAUCUGGAGCGUUUCCGCUUGGAACGCAUGCGACUAGCUCAAAGCCAUCUUCCACGCCAGGCCCAGCACAACCAACGCCCUUACGCAAAACGGCCACUCCACAGUCGCCACCGUCACGCUCGGACGGUUGCUAUAACCAGUCCCUUUGCCUCGAAUAAUCAUCGCAGAAAAGCCUCCCCUCGUCUGAAUCGUGCCGACCAUGCAUUAUUCCUAGACAACGACUCCUGGCAAUGCUUCCACUACUUGCCCCCCAAGAUCCAGCAAUCCCACUUCACCAAGGAAGAGCAACUGCUCCUGCAACGGAUCACUCCCGCCGGUGAUAUCGUCGACGCUGCCGACCGCGCGCUGCUGAAGUUUGAGCAGAGACGCCGCCCCGUCCUACAGGCGCACGACACUUGCUCCAACACACGCAGGAGGUCCGCGAGCUCAUCCAUGGUCUUGUCCUCCACGCAUUCGACAGACGCCCAGGACUCGGCAAUCGACAUGGACGAAUCAAUUCUGGACAGCUUCAGGUGGCUGGAUGAAGACGACCUCGAUCUGUCUCUGGACAACUACCACAGGCAUGUCGCCGAGACGGCACUCGCCUCGCGGCAACCAAAGCCCUCCACUCCCGGCCGGAUUCCUUCCUUCCGACGAACAAUGUCCUUCAACCGGAACCGCAAUUCCACCUUCAUCGGUCCUCGCACCCUGACUACAAGCCAGUCGGCUACUGUGCCUUUUGCUGGCCACAGCCGUCGCCCAUCUACCAGCCGCCAUGUCUCACACCGUUCGACCUCUUCCAUUGACCCAGCAGCUCAAUACUACCAAGAUCCAGAGGCGCGAUUGAAACUCCGAGUCUACCUUGCGUCGCCGCAGAAAUUCGACGAAGCAAUCGAGUUUGGCUUUCCAUCGCUGGAAAAUAAGGAAAACUUGCAGCCCACAGACCAGUCCCUCGACUCUAAACGAAUAUCGCAAAUAUCUCAAUCAACUCAAGGUUGGACCUUUUUCGACGACCAGGCUACGGCAUACGACCUCGAUUUGAUGAGUGGGAAGCUAGACCAGAAAAAUGUCUCGAAUAAUAGUGGCCCGCAGCUGCGCAAGGUUUCCACUGAAAUCCGACGGCCCCAGCCUUUGCAGCCACUACCGUCAGGGAAUACUGCAGCUGGCCGGCGCCGUGAAAUGACGUUGAAGAUGACGCUCACACGGCCUGACUUGCGUACAGCAAUAGACGAUUCGCAGGAUAUCGACGACCCGCUUCGUUUGGCGGACCUGCCUCCGCCAGACGAAGUUGCCAACUUCUGGGACAACCUCCCUGAACAUCAGGGCGUGGUGAAGAAGAUGUGGCGCCGAAUCUGCGGUCGCAAAGACUGAUCCAUCAACUGUAUUAUCCUCUUAUAUAUACCUCUCUCGAUUCGCCAAAAACUUUGCCUUCGUGUUAAUAUUGUUAUCAAGUGGUUUCCUUCCACACUUGUAUUUACUCUAACUUUUUGAUGUACCGCAGUAGCGCUGCUCAUAUACCCUCUUUUGUUGUCUCAUAGCGAUCACCACGACUGGUAGUCAUUUCACAUUGAUUAGCGAUAUAGACUGAUUAAGUCCAGCUUUCAACAUGAUCAAUAGAAUCUUUAUCAAUAUUAC